AGCCAUCGACCACCACGCCGUGUCAGUUCUUCAAAAAAGCUUCUCCUAGACCCCUAGCCCACUCUCUCCCUCUUCAUGCAGUCGUGUUGCAGUGCAUCAUCAGCCUUUGUUCAGUCAUGACCACGAGACGAGAGACAGCACCACACGCAGACGCAGAGGCAGGUCCUUUCACAUGCCCACGACGCACAGCCUUUACCACCGCUGCUCUGCUCCCCUCAAAGCCAAGGCCAGUAGAAACCAGCCCAGCUUGCUCUCUCUGCUCUUCCCCCUCACACUUCUCCCUCGCUCAUCACUCAUAGUCACACAGUCACACUACAGAGCCCAGAGCCCUAGUGUCCUCCCCUCCCCUCCCCAUGGCCCCUCACCGCCUCCUCCAGCUUCUACUGCUCCUCGCCGCCGCCAUGACCACCGCCCGGUCCCAGACCCAGUCACCAGCCGCCGCGCCAUCCACCUCACCCUCCUCUACCGCCGCCGCCGCCCCAAGCCCCUCAUCCUCCUCCUCCCCGCCGCCCUCCAAGGACACCCACAUCUCCACCUCGCCCGCCGCGUCCCCGUCCUCGUCCCACGCCGGCGCCAAGCUCACCUCCCCGGCCGCCUCCCCCGCGCCCACCCACUCCCCGACCCCACCGACGCCACCGCCGUCUCCGCCCACCCCAGCCCCCACCAGCUCCUCGCCGCCGCCCGCAUUGCCGCCCCCGGCCGCGGCGCCGGCGCCGGCGCCCGUGGGCGCGAGCGCCCCUCCGCCCGCCGCGUCCUCCCCGCCGGUCCCAGCGCCGACGCUCGCCCCCGCGCCGUCGUCGUCCCCUCCGGCCCCGGCGCCCGUCCUCGCGGCGCCCGCGCCCGCGCCCAGCAAGAAGCCGACGCCGACGAAGAAGAAGCACGCGCCAGCACCGCUCGCGGCCGCGUCCCCGGCCACCGGCACCGGCACCGGCGUGGGCCUCGCCCCCGGCCCUGGCCCCUCCACCGCCGACAUGAUGAGCGGAGCGGCGCGGGGCUGCGGCGGGUGGGCGGCGACGGCGACGGCGGCGCUGGUUCUUCUGGCCGCGUCGCUGACGGUGGGUCCGAUGGUGGCGUGAUGGAUGGUAGAGCCACCUGUCAGGGUCGAGAGAGUGGUGGGUUGAUGUGAUGGGAUCUGCAUGGGUAGUACGUGCAUUGGUUCAAACACGCUGUAUUUUGUGCUACUGCCGCACGUCACGUUAUUAUUCUCUGCGUGGAGUUGACGCCCAGAAUAUAUAGUACCACCACUAUUAUAUUUUGUUUGCUAUUGUACAACAUUUUCAUGCUUGAUUACUUCUACCGUGCCUAUGAUGGUCAUUUGCUUC